UUACAGGUAAUGGGCCUUGGUCAAUGCUAAGGCUCUAAGUUGGGCCCAAAACAAAUCACCUGUAACGGGCCUUUUAGCAAGCUCAGAGUGCAUUAUAUUAGACGGCAGUGGCAGAAUUGUGCCAUCGCGAAGUCGGGGACAACUUGACAACGAGUGGAGGCAUUUCAGCAGAGAUCUUGGCGUCUAACUUCUUCCCUCUUCGUCUCUCUAGGUUUGCCGGCUGUCAAAGGUGCUGAGAGCUAGCAAAUUGGAGGGGUGAAGGCUGUCUCAUUUUCAUUUAACUUGGUCAACAAGAUGCCAGGACAAAAGAUUGAGACUGGUCACCAGGAUACAGUUCAUGAUGUGGCAAUGGACUACUAUGGCAAGCGUCUUGCAACAGCUUCUUCAGAUAACACCAUUAAGAUAAUUGGUGUUAGUAACUCAAACUCGCAGCCUCUUGCAACUCUAAGCGGUCACCAAGGACCAGUAUGGCAAGUAGCAUGGGCACACCCCAAGUUUGGGUCCCUUGUUGCGUCAUGCUCCUAUGAUGGAAAAGUCAUAAUAUGGAGGGAAGGGAAUCAGAAUGAGUGGAGCCAGGCCCAUCUUUUCGGUGACCAUAAAGCUUCUGUGAAUUCUAUUGCAUGGGCUCCUCAUGAGCUGGGCCUUUGUUUGGCAUGUGGUUCCUCAGAUGGGAACAUAUCAAUUUUUACUGCGAGGUCUGAUGGCAGUUGGGAUACAUCCCAGAUUGACCAGGCUCACCCGGUUGGCGUUACCUCCGUCUCGUGGGCACCAUCAACAGCUCCCGGUGCUCUUGUAGGUUCUGGUGUGCUCGAUCCUGUUCAGAAGCUUGCCUCUGGAGGAUGUGAUAAUGCGGUGAAAGUGUGGAAGCUUUAUAACGGAAUCUGGAAGAUGGACUGCUUCCCAGCUCUUCAAAUGCAUACCGAUUGGGUAAGAGAUGUUGCAUGGGCACCCAAUUUGGGACUCCCAAAGUCAACAAUUGCUAGUGCUUCUCAAGAUGGAAGAGUUAUCAUAUGGACCGUGAUGAAGGAGGGUGAUCAAUGGGAGGGUAAAGUUUUGAAGGAUUUCAAGACCCCUGUUUGGAGAGUCUCAUGGUCACUGACAGGAAAUAUACUUGCCGUGGCAGAUGGCAGUAACAACGUGACAUUGUGGAAGGAAGAAGUGGAUGGAGAGUGGCAGCAGGUGACAACAGUUUGACUUUUGAAUUUACCCAGACUUCUUCUCAGCCGUAUCUCUUGUAAUUUCACAUAUAUGGUUCUAAUGUGCUUGGACUCCACGUAGUCUUUGACUUGUUAUGGACCAGAUCAUGAUGACGAGCCUUUGAGCUGAAUACUAACUAGAUAAGACACUUUCUGCUUCUACCCUUGCUCACCGAAUAGUUUGCCGUCUCAAUUUCUGGCCAUU